AUGGCCUGCAUAUAUGGCAUGAUCGAGGUUCUGUUCGUCCGCACCCCUGCAGAUGUGCUCAAGGAGCAAAUUGUACCAGAGUUGGGCGGCGCCAGUCCGUCAAGGGACGUGAUCCUGAUUGCGAAGCGCGCGUUGAAGAAGCCCACUGGAUGGGAGAGAGUGGAGAUGGUCUUCCUGCGUC